CAUGAAAGUGGUAAAAACAGGAAUGAAUCGGUAAAACUGGAAGUGACAUAAUAGUGGUAAGAAGGCUGGUAAAACUCCAAUCUCUGUUGUAUUGCAUAAUUUAAUGUCACUUCAUUCUUUAUGUUACGUUCAUCUUAUAUGCUCCUCGUAUUUGCGAUAAGUUUAUUAUUUUCUGAAUUUGCAUAUGAAAUGGCCUGGUCUGGGAGAUUUCACGCAAAAAACAAUCAUGAUCUUAUACAACAUCUUAAAUCAUCAAGAAUAAUUAAAUCAGACAGAGUUUAUGAAGCAAUGUCUUCUGUAGAUAGAGGAAAUUAUACCUGUUCUGGCUAUGCAUAUAUAGAUUCUCCACAGGAUAUUGGCUAUGGUGCAACUAUAAGUGCUCCUCAUAUGCAUGCAUAUGCUUUGGAAAUACUUGAAGAUAAGCUGUGUGAUGGUGCUAGAGCAUUAGAUGUUGGUUCUGGUUCUGGAUAUUUAACAGCAUGUAUGGCAAUGAUGUUAGGAACAAAUGGAUUAGCUAUAGGUAUUGAACAUAUUUCUGAACUUAAAGCAUUUGCUAUGCAAAAUAUUCAGAGAGAUAACCCAGAACUUCUUGAAAGCGGUCGUGUUCAAUUAGUUGUUGGAGAUGGAAGAUUAGGAUAUCCAGAAAAAGCACCAUAUGAUGCUAUUCAUGUGGGAGCUGCUGCUAAAGAAAUGCCUCAAGCUUUAAUUGAUCAACUAGCUCCUGGAGGACGUUUGGUGUUACCAGUGGGUCCAAGGAACUCAGAUCAAGUCUUAGUACAGGUUGAUAAAACAAAGGAUGGGAAAAUUAAGAAAAAGUCUCUUACAGGUGUAGUUUUUGUUCCAUUAACAAGUAAAGAUAAACAACAUCCUUCAUGAGAUACAUGCAUGCUCCAAUAAGUGAGCAGGCUUUUUUCUGUGAAUUAAAUGCAAAUGAUAAAUAAAGCUUAUAGGUUUUAGUUAUAUAUGCACUAAUAUAUAUACACAAAUACUUGCAAAUAAAUAAAGUACUUGCAAAAGAACUAAAAAAGAAAAGAAAAUCUUAGAUGUAGGCAUUAUAAGUAUCAAUAUAUUUCAAAUUGCAUGUAAUAUAAAUGUAGUUACAAACAUCCAUAAAAAGUAGAUAUUAUGUAAUAUAUUCAAUAAUAUAUCAACGAUAAUUCACAGGACACGAAAUGCCUCCUAUAACGGAAUUUUUUCUGUUAAAUUAAAUAUUCUAUCUAGUUUAAAGGGUUUAAUAACACAUUAACAAUGAAUUGAACUACAUUCUUUUAUUAUUAAUACUUAUAGCUAAAUACAAAUUAUUAUAUUAUGUUACAGUUUUAGUUUUGACAAACUAGUUUUGACAAAGAUUGAAAGAUACAUCAUAAUUUAUUGCAUUCUUCGAUUUCUUAAAGAUACAUUAUGUAAAUGUAUAAUAAAAUUGUACCUUUCCAUAUA